CGUUCAGUUUCGGUUUAGUCCUGACUGGAAUUGGGGCUGACGGUGGACAUGGGGGUCCCCAAGUUCUACCGCUGGAUCUCGGAGCGGUACCCUUGCCUCAGCGAGGUGGUGAAAGAGCACCAGAUUCCAGAAUUUGACAACUUGUACCUGGAUAUGAACGGAAUUAUACAUCAGUGCUCCCAUCCUAAUGAUGAUGAUGUUCACUUCAGGAUUUCAGAUGAUAAAAUCUUUACUGAUAUUUUCCACUACUUGGAAGUGUUGUUUCGAAUUAUUAAACCUAGAAAAAUAUUUUUUAUGGCUGUUGAUGGUGUGGCUCCACGAGCAAAAAUGAAUCAGCAGCGUGGGAGGCGUUUCAGGUCAGCCAAGGAGGCAGAAGACAAAAUAAAAAAGGCCAUCGAAAAGGGAGAAACUCUUCCUACGGAGGCCAGGUUUGAUUCCAACUGCAUUACACCAGGGACUGAAUUCAUGGCCAGGUUGCAUGAACAUCUGAAGUAUUUUGUAAAUAUGAAAAUUUCCACAGACAAGUCAUGGCAAGGAGUUACCAUCUAUUUCUCAGGCCAUGAGACUCCAGGAGAAGGAGAGCAUAAAAUCAUGGAAUUUAUCAGAUCCGAGAAAGCAAAACCAGAUCAUGAUCCAAACACCAGACACUGUCUUUAUGGUUUAGAUGCUGACUUGAUCAUGCUUGGAUUAACAAGUCAUGAAGCACACUUCUCUCUCUUACGAGAAGAGGUUCGAUUUGGUGGCAAGAAAACACAAAGGGUAUGUGCACCAGAAGAAACCACAUUUCACCUCCUACACUUGUCUUUGAUGAGAGAAUAUAUUGACUAUGAGUUUUCAGUAUUAAAAGAAAAGAUCACAUUUAAAUAUGAUAUUGAAAGAAUUAUAGAUGAUUGGAUUUUGAUGGGAUUUCUGGUUGGCAAUGAUUUUAUCCCUCAUCUACCUCAUUUACAUAUUAAUCAUGAUGCACUCCCUCUUCUUUAUGGAACAUACAUCACCAUUCUGCCAGAACUUGGAGGUUACAUUAAUGAAAAUGGGCAUCUCAACUUACCUCGGUUUGAGAAAUACUUAGUGAAACUAUCAGACUUUGAUCGAGAACACUUCAGUGAAGUUUUUGUGGACCUGAAGUGGUUCGAAAGCAAAGUUGGUAACAAGUACCUCAAUGAAGCAGCAGGCAUUGCAGCAGAAGAAGCCAAAAACUACAAGGAAAAGAAAAAAUUAAAGGGCCAGGAAAAUUCUCUGUGUUGGGCUGCUUUAGACAAAAAUGAAGGUGAAGUGGUAGCUUCUAAGGAUAAUUUAGAAGAUGAAACUGAAGAUGAUGAUCUAUUUGAAACUGAAUUUAGACAAUAUAAAAGAACAUACUACAUGACAAAGAUGGGAGUUGAUGUAGUAUCUGAUGACUUUCUGGCUGCCCAAGCUGCAUGCUAUGUUCAGGCAAUCCAGUGGAUUUUGCACUACUACUACCAUGGAGUUCAGUCAUGGAGCUGGUUUUAUCCAUACCAUUAUGCACCUUUUCUAUCUGAUAUCCGCAACAUCAGUGCACUCAAAAUCCACUUUGAACUGGGAAAACCAUUCAAGCCAUUUGAGCAGCUGCUUGCUGUACUUCCAGCAGCCAGCAAAAGUCUACUUCCUUCAUGCUACCAGCACUUGAUGACCAGCGAAGACUCACCAAUUAUAGAAUAUUACCCACCUGAUUUUAAAACUGAUCUAAAUGGAAAACAACAGGAAUGGGAAGCUGUGGUUUUAAUACCUUUUAUUGAUGAGAAGCGAUUAUUGGAAGCUAUGGAAGCAUGUAACCACUCCCUCAAGAAGGAAGAGAGAAAAAGAAACCAACAUAGUGAAUGUCUAAUGUGUUGGUAUGAUAAAGACACAGAAUUCACCUAUUUCUCUCCAUGGCCAGAAAAGUUCCCUGACAUAGAACGAUGUUGUACAAGGUAUGAAAUCAUAUCUUUAGAUGCUUGGCAUAUAGACAUAAACAAGAGCAAAUUAACCAAUGUUGACCAGAAGGCGUUAUAUUUCUGUGGAUUCCCUACUCUGAAACACAUCAAACAUAAAUUUUUCUUGAAGAAAAGUGGUGUUCAGGUAUUCCAGCAAAGCAGUCGCGGAGAAAACAUGAUGUUGGAAAUCUUAGUGAAUGCAGAAUCAGAUGAACCUAGUAUAGAAAAUGUAGCUUCGUCAGUACUUGGAAAGUCUGUCUUUGUUAAUUGGCCUCACCUCGAAGAAGCUAGAGUUGUGGCUGUAUCAGAUGGUGAAACUAAGUUUUACUUGGAAGAACCUCCAGGAACACAGAAAGUUUAUUUGGGAAGAACUCCUCCACCAUCUAAAGUUGUUCAUCUUGGAGAUAAAGAACAGUCUAACUGGACUAAAGAAGUACAAGGCAUUUCAGACCAAUACCUAAGAAGAAAAGGAAUAAUAAUAAAUGAAACAUCUGCCCUUGUGUAUGCUCAGUUACUUACAGGUCGUAAAUAUCAAGUAAAUCAAAAUGGUGAAGUUCGUCUGGAAAAGCAGUGGUCAAAGCAAGUUCUUCCUUUUGUUUACCAAACUCUUGUUAAGGAUAUUCGAGCUUUCGACUCUCGUUUCUCUAGUAUCAAAACGUUGGAUGAUUUGUUUCCUAUGAGAAGUACAGUCUUUAUGCUAGGAACUCCCUACUAUGGCUGCACUGGGGAAGUCCAGGACUCAGGUGAUGUGAUUUCCGAAGGUAGAGUUCGAGUGGUCUUCAGCAUCCCGUGUGAGCCCAAUCUUGAUGCUCUAAUACAGAACCAGCAUAAAUAUUCUAUAAAGUACAACCCAGGAUAUGUGUUGGCCAGUCGCCUUGGAGUGAGUGGAUACCUUGUUUCAAGGUUUACAGGAAGUAUUUUUAUUGGAAGAGGAUCUAGGAGAAACCCUCAUGGAGACCAUAAAGCAAAUGUGGGCUUAAAUCUCAAAUUCAACAAAAAAAAUGAAGAGGUGCCUGGCUAUACCAAGAAAGUUGGGAGUGAGUGGAUGUAUUCAUCAGCAGCCGAGCAGCUUCUUGCGGAGUACUUAGAGAGAGCUCCAGAACUAUUUAGUUAUAUAGCCAAAAAUAGCCAAGAAGACGUGUUCUAUGAGGAUGAUAUUUGGCCUGGAGAAGAAGAGAAUGGUGCUGAGAAAGUUCAAGAAAUUAUUACUUGGCUAAAAGGACAUCCUGUCAGUACUUUGUCUCGUUCUUCUUGCGAUUUACAAAUUCUGGAUGCAGCUAUUGUUGAGAAAAUUGAGGAGGAAGUUGACAAGUGCAAGCAAAGAAAGAGUAACAAGAAGGUGCGGGUGACAGUGAAGCCCCACUUGCUGUACAGACCUCUAGAGCAGCAGCACGGCGUCAUUCCUGAUCGCGAUGCAGAAUUCCGUCUCUUCGACCGCGUUGUAAACGUCAGAGAGGAUUUUUCAGUGCCGGUUGGCCUUCGUGGGACUGUCAUAGGAAUCAAAGGGGCCAGUAGAGAAGCUGAUAUACUGUUUGAAGUAUUAUUUGAUGAAGAAUUUCAUGGAGGCCUAACAAUAAGGUGCUCACCUGGUAGAGGUUACCGGCUGCCAACAAGUGCCUUGGUGAACCUUUCUCAUGGGAAUCGCUCUGAAACUGGAAACCAGAAGUUGACUGCUAUCGUGAAACCCCAGCCAGCUGUGACCCCGUGUAGCUCAAAUUCAUCAGUUUCAUCGGGGCAUUUAGGGGGCCUCAACCAUUCUCCUCAAUCACUUUUUGUUCCUACUCAAGUACCUGUUAAAGGUGAUGAUGAAUUUUCUAACAUUUGGCAGUCCUUACAAGGAUCGGGAAAAAUUCAACACUUCCAGCCAGCUCUUCAAGAGAAGGUUAUUAAAGAAGAGUGUAAGAGUCCUAAAGCUGAAUGUCGGUCACAAAAAAUGUCCAGUAAACAGACUUUUGGAGGUCCUGCUAAAUGUAAUAAUAUCAAGCUAUUGAAGAGAAAUGAAAGUCCAGGAGUCACAGAAACCCAAAAGCCGAGCUCUGGAAUGGAGACCUUUUUAGCAUCUUUGAGUAUCUCUAAAGAAAAUGAUGUGCAGUCAUCUCAUCAUGGAGAGCCUCCGAACGAAGAGCACUUAUCACCACAGUCCUUCGCUCUGAAGGGAACACGGAUGCUCAAAGAAAUUUUGAAAAUUGAUGGCUCAGACAGUGUGGACCGUAAAAAUGAGCCAAAACAGUUUGGUCAUGAAGUUGCUAUUUCCUCUAAUAGAAAAGAUGAAUAUGGACUAUCUUCUCAGGCUAAACAAAAUAAGAAAUUGGCAUCCUACACAAACAAGCCUCACAGCACUAGUGAGUACCAAAGUGUUCCAUCUGUGGACAGUGUAUGUUGGUCUGGCCAGAUCCCUCCUGUGUCCACACCAGUAACUGAACUUUCUCGAAUUUGUUCCCUUGUGGGAAUGCCACAACCGGAUUUCUCCUUUCUGAGAACACCUCAGACAAUGACAGUUUGCCAAGUAAAAUUAUCUAACGGCUUACUGGUCCUCGGGCCACAGUGCCACUCUGAAAAUGAAGCCAAGGAGAAAGCUGCACUCUUUGCCUUACAACAGCUGGGCUCCCUAGGAGUGAAUUUUCCUUUUCCUCCACCAAUAUUUCCAAAUUAUCCUCCUGCUGUUCCACCAGGAACCAUUCCUCCAGUUUUUCCCCAACCUACUGGCUGGGAUCACUAUGGAAGCAACUUAGCAUUUGGGGCAGGUAACAUGAUGCCCUCAUCCUCUCAUCUUCUUGGCUCAGUGCCAUGGAGACCGCCAGUGCCAGUUCCUGGGAGGCCCUUCCACCCCACAUCACACUCCGGGACGGUGCCCAGGGCUGGAGGAGUACCAGGCGGCAUACACAACCAGUUCAUACCUCUGCAGGUCACUAAAAAAAGAGUAGCAAACAAAAAGAACCUUGAGAAUAAGGAGGCCCAGAGCUCUUCUCAAGCUGCCUCCCUUCCACCUAGCAAGCCAGGCUCCUCUGAGGUCACCAAAGCAACUCUGCAGGAAAGGUCGCCCGCCUCGCUGAAGCCCUCCGAGGCUGCACAGCCUGUGUCUUCUCAAGUGGAAACUGCCGCCCAAGGCCCCAGCAUGGCUCACCAAAAGUCAAGCUCUUCUGCACGAAGGAAGUCACGGAAACUGGCUGUCAAUUUUGGCAUUUCUAAACCUUCUGAAUAAAUUUGGUACCUUGGAAUCAAGUUAAUUCCUUUCCAUCCACCUUUUGAUAAAUCCAUAUCUGUUUCAUAAAUGUACUCUUUUAAAAUGAUAUGUUUAAAUGGAAUAGUUUUUAUUUUUCAGUUGCCAGGCACUUUUCAUGCUAUUUUAAAGACUAUAGAUCAAAUUGUGCACUUUAAGAAUGUGCAAUUUGUUGUACGUCGUUUAUACCUCAAUAAAGCUGUAAAAGAGAGAGAGAGAGAGACUAAAUUAAACCUUACGUAUCAGUGGACUCAAUCUGAAAAUGUACCAUUACCCAUUGGCCACCUCAGCAGCAUCAUUCUUGAACUAUGACUCAGACAUCCUAUUAGCAAUAAUAAAAAACUGUUUUUACAUUGUCGUUGAGGGAAAAUGAGAUGGAGCAUGAAAACUAGGCCUCAAGUCUACUGAAAAUGCAUUUUACUUUUCUUUUUAAUAAUGGAACAGAAUUAUGAGGAGAAUGAGCCUCGCUCUCGUGCUGUACUCUCACUGGCUGAGCGUCUCUCAGACCUGCUGGGACUGGCUCACACUGGUUUUGGACUGGCUCACUCUGAUGGUGGUGCUGCUACCCUUGCUUUACUCUAAAUCUCCUACCAAAGCAACUUUAGAGUACCAGUCAGAGUAGUCAUCUAGCUGCUUAGAACUAGAAAGAGCAAUCUAGACUUGAGUCAGUACCAUUUUUUGGAUUAUUCAAAAACCAGCAUUAGUAACCUUUAGUAAAAUCAGGUUUCAAAAAAUCUACAGGGUACAGUAAUGACAAAUUAAUCUUCAGUUGGAUAAAGUAUAAAAUGUUCAUCAUGCCAAUUAAAAUAAACUUUGUUAAUCUUU